AUGGAAAAAGCGACCGAGGACGCCCAGUAAAUUCAGUUUUGCUUAAUUUCCUCCGGUGUUUUUAUUUCGCGUUUAUGUCCUUCUUUUUUGAAAUUAUUAAUGGCCAUAGACAACUGUCGGAUUUGGCAUUUAGUAGAAUUGCGUACAACGGAGCUCUUUACCAGUAUAGUCCUGCUGUACAGUGCUGGUGGAAGUACUUCUGCCAUUGAGCCACCGAAAGCGACACUAGUCCUUCUUCCCCCACAGAGCACGCAAAAACUUUCCAUAAUGACCCGAUCUGUAUGCGGAAACACUUUCCUAUAUAACACAUUUUAGAAUUAAUUCGGUUGUUUCGCCCUGUUCACGAAUUUUAAUAAACGUUUGCUAGUUUCGUGGCGUUGAUGAUUUCCCACAGGCCUUUUGUUUAUCGCCAUAGUGUAGACUGACCCCCUAACCUUUCAAACUAUCCCGCUAUAAGUAGAUAUGACUGAAAAGGUCGGUCAUCCGUAGUUAAAAUCGUUAUAACUAGUGUUGCUGAGCCGAUCACGGGUUUUCUGAAUUUAUCUUUGGCUUUUCUCACAUAUCGAAGUAAGUUGAUGCAAUUGAGCGCCCUGAUAUCGCCUGCCCCCUAUCCUGUUUUAGCCAGCUGCCGAAUUCGUCACGCCAUAAUUCAGUGCGGCCCAUGCCCUGUGAUGGGCGAAUAUGCCCUUUUUCUACUGUUGGAUUUCUAUUUCCGUCGGGUCUGCUCUUCAGACCUGAUCUUACCACAUUCACCUCAGUUGACCGCGAUGUUGGCGACGCCGAAUCAUGAACGCAUUCUGAGAUGUCAUUGUGGGUUAGCUCUCUUUAAGUGGGUUAACUACAUGGCUGAAUCAGUUCAUCCGGCGGCUCUUUAGUGUAAGAGCGGGGUUCUGUGUUCUGUUUGCGGACAGGAGCACCAAUAGGCCGUAUUUAGCAACCCUUGAGCGGAACCAGUUUGAACGUAGCCGUAUGCAACCAAAGCUUUUUUGGUGGACUUCGUGGGCGAUAGAACAUGCCUUGCACGGGUUUGAAAAAGCGGGUUAUAUGUAGGCCUCAGUCAGUUGCUAACACAGAUGAAAAAAGAGUCAACCAUGUGGGACCUCCGGUGACCAGUAAGAGGAUAGCUUUGUUUGGGCAUUUAUGAUAGAGACCCUGCUGCGCUCCCCAAAGAUGGUGGAUUUAAAAAUUCCGCACCGACACUGUUAGCGGGGAUAUCGCCUUGUCUGAGGCAUGACAGAAGCCAGUAUCAUUUUCUGCUCAGUCUGACAGUUUUGUCUGGCGAUGCGGUGCCCUGCAGGUUAACCCUCAGACAGUCCUAUCGUGUCGCCCAUUUGCCAGUCGGUCCUAGCUGACAUGCCGUUUUUUUCGACCAGCGCCUGCAAUGGCCUAGAUGCAUAAGCUAAGCCCAGCGGUGACCUUCGUCAUUCAUGCGAGGCGUCUAAAACAUUACUACUCAAAAAACAGGUUGACUAUUUCGCUGCAUCGAAUUUUAUGAACAAAUUUUUGACGUAGUGUAGCUUCUAGAAAUGCUCUGAAAAAAGCACAGCCGCAUUCCCACGAGCUAUAUUCUAUGCUACGCGCGCUGCCCAUCUAGGCUCUCCAUCUGUCGACAGUCGUUAAGCGUGCUUGUUCAAUCAGACGUGGUCAAUCUGUGCUUCGGUCAGCCCCUGGCUUGAAUUGCAACUCAGCAGGUGUUUUCUUAGGGCUGGAAUUGGAUGCUAGCCACGUUCGGCUUAUUUUCUCAAUCUGAGCCAAGUACUAGGUCGUCACUUUCGUCUCAAUUGUCUAUGUCAAAUUUGCCGACGAUAUAGAAUGUCGUUGGUUCAAGUUUGUUAGUUUGGGUCUCCCCAUUCCCUGCAGCAAUAUUUAUCCCAUUGGGGAGGAUAGAAUGCAUAAGUUUGUCAUCGAGCUUGCACUUUCAACCUUUGUCCAUAUUGACAGUGGGAGUAUAGAAGGCUGUUGGUAACCGUACCCUUUUGUGCAAUUCGCGUGAUGCGGUAGAGAAAGGUGUCAUUGGCAUAAGCACUAUGUCCGAAUAUUGGUGUGACGUAGGUGGAAGUAUAGUUUCGCCACAGUUGUCAUGCACGUCACUGUAAUGGAGGUAGUUGAUGGUGUCUGAUCCUGCCGCACUCAGGUAACUGAACUUUCAACAGGCAGACCAUGCCAGUGGCUUAGGCGAAGGGGAUGCGCAUUUUAAGAGAUUGUAUGCCUCAGUAACUGAGCUCGCGCAUUUUAACGAGAAAUGCCCUUUCACAUUCGCGGACUACGUCCCAUUCUCGGAAGUCUGGACGCGUCGGUUUCUGUAAACAGCGUAACGUGAGACCCACUCACUAGGUCUUUAUCGCUCAGGAGAACCCCGAAGGAUAUGGUGUAAGUGAGGUCACCAAUCGAGCUCGGCCUACGGCUGGGACGCUGAACUAUAAAGCAAUAGUGCCGGUGGAGGCUCAAUGGUAGCGAUCAACGUUCUCACUGUAAUGCCUGUUUGGCCCACAACCUUGUGAGUAACGGUCUUUUCACGUCAGUGGCCAGGGACACCUGAAGAUAUGACUGCUGUGUGGUGUUCAGCCAAUGAUGCAUCAGACUUAUUUUCCAGUUAACCAUCAUCUGGGAACGCGCCAAGUAUCUUGUAGCUAGGUCAACGGGUAGUCCUGCCUUCGCAGAUAUUGGCGACAAUGAUCAUGUUGGUAAUUAAGUUUGAAAAGAGGCAAAGGGCUAUCUUGAUUGCGUUUCCGAUGCAGUUGGUGUUAACGUGUUUAAAUGCUCAUCUGUCUACAAAGCUUUUGGGUAUGGUUUUCCGCUGAGUUGUUUAAUUAACCUGCUUCCUUUACUGGUGUGUGUCGCGAUCAGUAAAUCGGCUUUACUGGCACCUUACUCCUGUCGGUCCUGCCUAGAACCAAACAGGGAAAAAUUGACACCUUUAUCAUUGCUUGUCUUGUCUUUGUCGUUUUGCAGUGAAACAAGUGAGUCUCGGCGUCUAAAUUACAUAUCAAAGGCGAGAUACCAGGAACUUGCCAAAGAGGUAAGUUUUUAUUUUCUUCGUCCGAAUACAGUCUUUAGAUAAAGUCUUGGGAGGACGACGUCCGUCAUAUCGGCAAUAUGUCGAGGACUCCUACUAAAAAGCAGAAGAUUGAUCUUGCAAAGCAGGAAGGCAUGCGGGUAACUCCUUUCCUGCAUCCGCUUAUCCAUCGUUAUAAAGGCCAGUCUCGCUCCCCUAGAUCGUAUCCCUGUAUCAAAACUUCGGCAGCACUGGGAGAGUUUAAUGGCCGAUGAACCCGCUCCUGCUCGCGUGCCAAGACCUCCGUUAAAAGAAAAACAGGUGGCUACCUUUACUUGAAAGCGCCCUUUCGUUUCGUCCUUUUUUAGCUGGGACUGUCUAUUAAUGUCAGCUUUUUAUCCAAAGGGUUUUCCUCUAGGUCACGCCAAUACCAUCGGGCGUUAGCGGUUCAAAUCGACCUUCACGUUUAAAACCCUAUGCUCUUCUUAUCUCGACUACUCUUCUCACUGGCCUGCCUAGUUGCCAUUUUCUAACCGGCCGCGGUCUCUACCAAAUUUUCCCGUCAUUUAUAGCACCCUUCUAAGGGAGUUUUUGCAAUCGAGCGAAAACCCCUUAGGGGGUGUAUGUGCGCCGUCCUUGGAUCCAAUCGACUGCGCUUCCACAUUCACUGGUUGUUGGAAACGAAACUUUUGUCUGGGCAUGUGUAUUUGUAUAGUAGAGCCUCCUCCGGACUCGUUUGACUUGUUGUAGACAGGCACAUUAUUUUGUAAACAAAUGGACUAGUUAGUAACGAGCGGCAUUGCUCCCAAAGAACCGCGUCGUGGUCGCUCAAAACCUGUUGUUUCUACGUGUGGAGCAGUCGCAAUACAGUCUAAUCACAGUCUCUUAAGCACAACUUUGAAAGGGCUUUUCAGACGAAUAGGCUCAACAUUUUCCGUCUACAGCUGGUGAAACAGUAGCGAGUCUGAGUUGUAGGCUAAACCGCCCUUAGAGUCUUGGUCAUCACCAGCGACUAUUUCUGACGUUGAAAAGACUUCUCAGCGUUUGCUCGCGUGCGGUCGUUCUAUGUUAUUAGCUUUUGAGUGACAACUUUCUACACAUUUGAUAAUUACCUCCGACAGCAAGCUAGGAAGACGACAAGAAAAACAAACAACGACCACUUUUAGGGGGGGUAUAAACAAAUAGCUUCUUGUCUAAUAGUAGGAAACGUGGUGGGUGGUCCGCUACAAAUCGUACAACUAGGGCCCGACGGUAUAUUCCUCCUUUGGUCGAGGCUAAAGGUCCAGACAGCAUAUUGCGCUCAAAUCAUUUUCCUCGCCAACCGGUCGCGGACGUCCGACCCAAUUCUCAAACCAUUUCAUCGAAGCUCUUGACUAAGUAUUUAUACGAUCACAAUUAUUUUUGCCACUGUCAGCUUAUGCACAAUUUCUGUUAACUGUCUUCCACCACAGACUUUCACCGUUGCUCGUCAAGGACAAACCGUGGACACGUCAACGACUGAAUUUCCCCUCCCUCCACCGGACGAUAAAGGCGAAAUGGUGGCCCCUUCGACUUCGUGCGAUUCUCCGCGAUCCCUUCCCGAGCCACCUGUAAUUAAACAUGUAGGCUUUACCGCUCUAUGUCUUUGUGCCUUAUGAGGUUGCUGCCUUAUCUUCCCACCCGCUUUACCUGUCUUCACCAGGCGCCGCUAGAAUCCAUGGAUGUGCCGGAACUGCAACAGACGCAGACACUUCCACUUCCUCCUCCCCCGCCGUCAGUAUCAACCAACACCGCCGCUCUGCCUGCUUCUUUGUCGCCUCCCGUCUCGCAUCUACCAGAGGAAUGCUACACUCCAACCAAGUCUGUUAGUGGGCUUUCUAAGUCUGCUGAUUGCAUAGACCUCUUCGAGAACACCAUUUCGGUGUCACGUAAGUUGCAUUCCCUUAAAUUUUACCCUUCUCAUGGCGUCUAGGCUUGUCAUUUUGUCUCGUUUUGGACACCCUAGAAAUCGUAACUUAAACCACUACAUACUGUCAGGCUGCGUGUAACGUCCCAUCUUUUGGUGAGACGCGUGUGAGUCCUUUUGUGACCUUUUUGGUCACGCACAGCAACCCCGCUAUUACAGUGCCGUGUCUCAGGUUCUGUUUGUUGUCGUUUGACAUGUCACACCGUCGAGGGCCAUCUUACCACUGCCCCUUCUUCAAAUGGUUUUAGUAGCACAUCACCAGCUCGCUUGCGACUCCGUUUGUAAAGGCCUACGUGGUGCGCCUCCACCAUCUCCAACGAACUGCUCUAUGGCCGGAAAGAGGCCACGCCGCAGUUGAUGGCAUGCGCUAGUCGGAGUGUGCUGAGUUUGCGCCAGUUCUCGACUAUUGCCAUGCAUGCAUGUGACACGCGUUGGACCGAAGCUCAGCCCGGGCCACACACUACGUUCGACCUCAUCCAUCUCUUCUGACAGGUUCAUACAAACUCAGCGUUAAUUGGGGGAGGCUUUGGCCGAUACUUAGGUGCCUUCCCUCAUGGUAACUCGAUGCAUUUCUCCCUAUAUCUAGUACGACUCACUUCAAACCAUCAAAACACGCCUAGAGGUGCCGUUGAAAGUUGCCACCUGACGAUAUACUUCGAGCCCCCUUUGGAACGAGGGCCAGACAUAUUAGUAUUCAUCGUUAAAUUGUGCUUUAGGAGGCGCGACAGCGUAAUAGUUUUUUUUUCAUUCCACCAGGAGACAUAAUUAGCAAGAGACAUUACCUGCACAGAUAGUGGGUACGGAAAUGACUGUCACUUAUUUAUCGUUGCCAGCUGGUGCCGGUGCAACCCAGGACCCGGUGAUUGAGCAGCGGCUUCAUGAUCCGUCGGCUAUGGUCGAAGGUGUUAAAGACCGCAUGGGGGUGAUGUUUGUCAACUCGCGAGGCAGAAUACGGAUUUUCCUUUUGCAUGCCUACCAACAACAGUACUUCAUCAGGAAAUAUUACCAAAAAAGACUAAGGUGUCCGUCACCAGCCAACUUGAAAAUCAAGCCAUAGGGCGGCAUGUGAAACUGAGUUUACCUGCUGUUUGCUAUGCACAUUUUCGCGACCCAAGACUCGAGCUCUGAGGGAGAAACCGAUCGCCCCGUAUCGAUAAGUAACUACCUCUGGCGGAUUUGAAGAAAGUGCCAGUAACAACAAGCAUUCGCCUAGGCGAUGUAGCACUCUCACUAGCUUUUCUUCGCUUUAAAGUUAUCGUUUUUCCAAUACCCCUCGGUUUUGCCAGCACCAGAAUGCCCGAGCUCAGUUCAGCACACCUAUUACAACCGCCCGCGCCCCGGUGUCCUGCGUAACUGGCCAAACACAAGUAACCUUGACGAAAGACAGGCCGACGAGGAUGUCCAGCCUGGAGUCCCGCGCCAGCGCUCUGUCACUUUCCUUCCAAAGCGAGGCACUGCCCCUGGUGAUACAAGCUCCGGCGAGACUGAGACUGAUAGUGGUGGCGGGAUUUACGAUCGCCUCAGUUCCAGUAAAAGUGAUGAUGACGACGAGGACAGGUUGCACCAGCCUCGACCACUCGCGGCCACUCUUCCAAGCCUCACUACCUCCGCUCGCAGUAAGUUCUGCUGCCGUUUCUUACCCCUGCCGGGUAGUCAUCACCUACCUUGCCUCGGAUCCUAAACCAAAACGCCUGCAUGUAUGAUAAAUUAACCUGUGGUACAGAAAUGUGGAGACCGUGUUGGUUAAAUAACGUCUCACGUCACCUCGGAGUAGCAGAACCCCUCGCAUAUGCUCACAGCUAGGUUAGGUAAAAGACACGUCCGAAUGCUGAACUACAAUCAUAGCGGUCCUUCACCUCGGCUGUAAGACCUAGGUCACUUGUGAUACACAACAAAUAACGCCUCCCAACAUGGAAUCUCAUUGACCAGAUGAUUCGGAUGUCUCUUGCUUAUGACACAACUGCAAGUGUGCCUUCUGUCGGGUAGAUAGCAAAGUCUUCUGACACAAAAUAGUAAAUUUAAACCUGCACGACCUAAAAUAACCCCGUAAUACGACUGCUUUUCGUGGAACUCACUGCUUCCCAACGUAAACACUGGCUAAGUAAUCAGAAUCUGGCCAUCGGCGGUAACGCUGAAAGUGCAGUCCUACUAUGAUUUGGUUUACAACGUAGUCCAUCAACUCCUUAUCCUUAAGAAUUUUAGUAGUUCCCAUCACCCUCGAUUAUUCCGGUGGGAAGCCGCCUAAAUCAUCAUGACCCUGUUUCGGGUCCUCGAAUCAUUCAGUGCUCCUCCCUCCCUGAGCACACUAUAUGUCUGGUAUCGGGUGUGCCGGCCGGCACGCAGUCCUUUUAAGGCCCCCUCCUGACUCUACUGCCCUUUUGUACCGACCGUCCUUUUGCUUCUGCAAUCAUGUAGAUUCUACCUUCAAAUUGGAGUCCGCUGCUCUUCUGGCCAAUUCGGAUGUCCAGCACCAAGUAGGCACCGCUGACAUGAAUGACAAUGUUUCAUCCUCUGACUUUGAGGUCUCCGAGCCCGAGACUCUUGCACACGCAAACCCCCGCAGCCCCGCUGCCUGUGCACGUCGUCGCCGAUCCUCCUCCCGGUGUGACCGCAGUGGAGGCGUUGCCCCACGCCGACGCAGUUCCUCUCGACGCAUCAGUCGGGAUGCCUCAGCCCUUCUUGAUCUGGAUAUGCAGGCGACACCUAUCCGACUGAAUGCUGGCAAUGUGAAGUUAAUCAGUAAGCAUUACUGCAGCUUUCACUGUCCAUCGUGUCUUACCUGUUAUUACACUGCUUAUUCUUCCCUUUCUGACGAACGAAUGUUACUUAUGUCGUGUUUAAACCACGUUAAGGCAUGCUGUACGGUAUGCGGCGGUGCAGACAAAAGGGGUCUUAGUGGAUAAUUUGCAUGGUUAUCUCGUCGAACGGCAGUGUGCAAGACCUCGGGCUAAAUUGCGUCCCGUAAGUACUCAUGUGUUGCCGGCAGCUAUCAUUUUGGUAUCAGGCGUCGUCGUCCAAGACCCCGCUGCCUCCAAGUCAGCGGAUCUUGACACUUUGACCUGCAGCUACUCGACUGACUGCAACUUGUACACACGUGUCCACGCAUUUGCAGCUGACCGUACGGCAUUUUUAACACCAUCUUUCAGCUAAUGCAACACACCAAUUGGACAACAUUUCAACUUUUCCCCACAAACCUACCAAUGCAAUUGCCAUCACUGCUCACCCUUCCCCAGGCGUGACCUAACACCGUCAGCACGUUCCGGCGAAACCAACAGCCACUGUUGCUUGAGAGGGCAACUCAGUCUUCCGUUUACAAUAAGGCCUUCUAUGGUGGCGUCUGUCUUUACAACUCAGGAUUCGGCCUGGUAGUGGUGUUCUGAGUGCAAUCUCACUGCUCAGAUGCUACCCGUGCUCCAGGCUUGUUUGUCGAUUAAUGCAUUCACGUGACCCCCUUCUGCCAAUUACUGCACAAUGUCUGUAAUCAAAUGUGUUGGGGUUGAAAGAGAUAAAACAGCUGGCUGGGUCCCGAAAUAGGCUGCCCGAAUGGAAAUUUGUUUUCCCAUUUCUAUGUAGGCCUGACCGACAAACCUAACUCGUGUUAAACCGACCGCGAUUGCCGUUGGUCGUCAGAACCCAAAUUCCCUCGGGACUGACAAGUCAAGAUUCCACUGUGAUACCCCACACGCUUCUCUCUCCCCCUCUCGUCUAUUGUGCCCAAUCUAUGCUUGAAUCCCUGCGCAGACACUUUCCUUUUUAAUCCCUCAAGGCAACGCGGAAGCGAACGCAGUUGAACGAAGGCGCAACGACCGUAUUGAUGAGAUCACGAAACUUCUCGAUAGCGUACGACAAGAAAUAAUCUCCGUUAGCAGUGCGCUCCAGGAUUGCAGAACGCCCCAAAAGAACAUGCCGGCUAGUGUUCGCUCUGAGUCCCACUUUGAGAACAGUCGUUCCCUCCUUAUCGCAUGUAAGUUCGACUGGGCAAAAAUUGUUUUAAAAGAGCUAAUCAAAUGACUUGAGUAGUAUUAAAUUUGCCGUCUUUUCUUUUGAAUAGGUCAGAGACAACAGGCUCUGAUGGAGGAGCUAUCUCUGUUGAAUCGAGGCUCGCCGGUCCUUGUUCCACCUUUGCGUGGGGAACCACUGAGAGCACGUUUCUGCCUCAACGGCAUCCGACUUGCAAUCAAGCCGGAGGCUCCUUACAGUCAAUUAGGCGGUUUCGCCGUCGUUGGCGAAGGUGGGGUUGGGACCUCGACGCACUAUGACGGUCCAGUUAGCGGAAGACGACCCGUAAAGUACCAUCUCAUGGCGAUUCUCAAGUGAGUGGGUUUCAUUAUCUGGUGUUUGGUACAGUAGACUCAUUUACUUACACUUUUUGUCCUUUCGUCUCAGGUGUGUCGGCGAGGGUCGUCUUUACUGUACAGACACUAUAACUUUGAUGCGCGUUUGUGACCUUCCCGUGGGCUCUGCAAGAGCGGCACCUUUCAUCGAUCUCCCUGCUAAUAUUGAGGUAAGUGUGCUCCUUUUGUGUCACCACCUGGAUAGGAUAAAUUCAUGCGGGCACCGCCUGAGAUUCGGAUAUUUUCAAAUUGUUCAACAGUUGCGUUCGACUACGUCUGCACCUUGUUCAUUUGGAAGUAGUGCAACCCAAAAAGACCUUUUUAAGACAAGCCGACGUAUUCGAAUCUGUGGUGUAUGCAAAGUGAGUAGAAUGGGUAUAGAGACUGCUAUUUACCUUCUCAACCAUGUAUUAUAUCAAGAUGGAGAUCCGUAAACCUCUCUUCUAUAUCUAGCGCCUUUGUUUCCUCUAAAUCGUUCUAACUUGCUUGUCGGUGUCUACAUCCAGAUUGUCCCUCUACGACCAGACUUCCUCAUAACCAUCGAGAUCUAUUGUAUGACUACUGGAGACUCCGACUCGAUGUCGGAGACCGGCCUAAGCUCACUCACCGGCCCUGAUGCUCUGGACUCACCGGUCAUGGCUACUCCCAAGCGUGGCCUCGGUUUCUGCAUAUCAGGCUCUCUCCUCUCCUCUGCCAAACGGAAGAAGAUGCGCAGCAAAUCGACCCUUGCUGUCGACUCCACCCCUACCGGUGGUGGCGGUGGCAUGCUGGCCAGGUUCGCCGCCAAGCAGACGCCCGGUCGACGCAUUACGCAAGCGAAGGAGUCCACUUCAGGUUUGGUUUUGGUGCUUGCAUCCGUACUGCGAUGAGUCAUAUUCACCACUUUUGUACUGUGCCGUCAUCUCAGUCCUCUAGGCAUCAGGUUAAAUACCAGAGGCGGGAACUCAGCAAGGUGUUUGGAAGUGAAUGGGACCUAGUGGACAUAUUGGACUCUUGUCAUUCACAAACCCUUCCACAUUUGCAGACGCAACAUCGGUUUUGUGGAAUGGGAGAUAUUUCGAUGAAUUCACCCUUCCCCCCCCCCUCUCACCUCCUUAUGAGGCACCACAGAAAUGUGCUAUAGAACAACAUAAACUGGAUUUUUAUGCGUUGUCUGUUAGCCCGAAAACGUGUGUUAGUGGGGCCUGAUAAUUGCGUCGUUCAACUAUGUUAAUAGAAAAGGUGUGGCGGUCAAGGAUGUGAGAUCGACUUAAACCACGCACAAUAAGUUCGUUUCGUCUACUGUCAGAAGUCAGGAAGCUGUUAGGACUAGUUUAUUCUGUACACAGGGCAGGUUGCCGUGAGUUGGCUGUUUGCUUGCAACAGAGAUAAGCGUCCGUUCACGGAGAGCGUCAGUCGCGGUGUGUGUGUUGUUUACGCGGGUGUGCGUCUGGGUCAGCAGGAGGGGUGACUGGCUGAGUGUUGGUUGUGUGAUUGGACAAAUUAGGGGAGGAAUGGAGGGCGCAUACUCACAAGGCCUCACGGGAAUCAAGCCAAAGCGUUCGACGCGCGUUAGGUGAUACUAGUUUGUGAGUGCAGCCGGGGGUCGCUGCAGCUGGACCGGAGGCGUCCCAGUUCUAGCCGGCGGGGUGGUCGUGCGUCAGCGGCCUGUCAGUGCUUGUCACGGCCAUCGACCGACAAAACGGAGCCGGAGAAAAGGGGGACUGGAGCAGCUGCUACAACUCCCCCCCAGACACCAAACAAAGUGAAGGCGUCGACACGCUAGCCAGCCACAAACCUGUCGGGCCAGUGGACGUGGCGACCAGAUCGUGUGUGGCGAACCGGAGGGGGGCUGUCGCCAGUAGGUGGAGGAGGCCGCACUGUCUGAGGCGGGGUGCGUUGUUGAGGUGAGGAAUGGUCACUGUCGUCGAUGUAGGCCGGCUUGACGCGAUCAAUGCUGACUGUGUCGGUCUUGCCGUUGCGGGCGAUGACAACAUCUUUGUCAGAUCGACGAAAGACUUUAUACGGCCCGUCAGGGUGGUUGGAGUGGUCGCCGGACAGCGUCAUGCCGAACCAAGACGAAAUCGCACUUAUCCAGGUCGGAAGGGAUGAAGGAAUUGGCCGGUGACGCCCGAGGGGGCGUUGCGCGGAGUUUGCGCAUGACACUACGCAGCUGCUCCACAUAACUGCAAGGUUCGAAAAACGUUAGCAUGUUUGAGGGAGACACUAACUCACCGGGCAGUCGUAGGGAGGUUCCGUAGACAAGAUCAGCUGCAGUGCAACCGAUGUCGGCCUUGAGAGUGGAACGGAGGGACAACAGCACCAGGGGAAGGUGAUCAGACCAUCGGGAAGGAUCAGGCUGGGCCAUAAGGGAAGUCUUGAGCUGUCGAUGGAAACGUUCGACGAGACCGUUUGCUUGAGGGUGGUACGCUGUUGUUCGGAUUCGGUUGGUACCGAGAAGGGAAGUGAGUUCGCGAAACAGCGUGGACUCGAAUUGGGAUCCGCGGUCAGUGGUGACAGUCGCAGGAACUCCAAAAUUGGACACCCAAUGAGUCAAGAAAGCUUUCGCAACGGUUUCAGCACUGAUAUCCGGAAUGGGCGCAGCAACCGGCCACUGAGUAAAGCGGUCAAUACAUGUCAGCAUAUAGGUAGAACCGUUAGAUGGUGGCAGCGGACCUACCAGGUCAAUAUGCACAUGACUGAAGCGUGCAUCAGGGGUGGCGAAAGUUCCUGGCGGAGUAAUAGUAUGCCGAUGCGUUUUGGCUCGUUGACAUGGUAGACAGGAGCGGGUCCAACGCCGUACAUCCCGGUUGAUGUUGGGCCAGACGAAUCGGUCAGUGAUGAGUUUCACUGUCGCCCGGACUCCAGGGUGGGAUAGAUGGUGAAGAGCGUUGAACACUCGUCGUCGUAAAGUUGCUGGAACAAAAGGACGUUCGUGUCCGGUAGAAAGGUCACAUGUGAUGGUGCCAGUGGCAGUGGGAAGGGGGACAUCUUGAAGGCUACUGGUCAGAAAAUCACCCGAUUCGUUAAGAAUGUUAGUAUAUCGUAAGGUAGAUUUAAAAUGACCCGAUUUAAUCUGGCUACAAAAGAUGCCGACCUCUCUAAUCACAUAUUUUGUGUGCUUGGGUAUCACCGAGUGACAGCUGAAACCCGAGAAACACGACGUCCUUUCUUUCUAGCAACUGUUUCCCUCAACUUCGGUGUUGUCUUUCUUGGCUUCUGAUGCGGUGGUCUAUGAUACGAGAUGAACUUUAGCCACACACACAAUAAGUUCGUCCCGCCCUAAUAUCAGAAGUCGAGGGGCUGUGAAAACCGGUCUAGGCAAGGACGCAGUAUACGACCCCACUCGGGAAACAAAAACCAGGUCAUCGUAUAAUAUGAGUUUUAUGGGUGGAGUUAAACGGCGAAAAAGGAGGGUGCGGUAGCAGGUAAACACCCAGAUAAAUGUUGAGGUGACAUAUCGCGUCCUCGUACUAGAUUUCUCCACAGCUACUUGCAAAAGUUGAGCAUCUUUCGCUGUUCUUCCAGUUUAUUUUCACAAAAGAAGUCAAUUGCGUUGCAUCUGGUUAUGAGAGCGCCGAAGCGUCAAUUGUAAAAAAAGGCGGGGACGCAAUAUGCCAGAAUGACUUGGUUUUUGUUUCCCUAGUGGGGUCCCAUAGUACGUCCUUGCCCCGGUCUAUUCUGUGUACAGGGGAAGUUGCCAUGCCUUGGUUGAUUGCUUGUGCGUCAGAGCAAGGCGUCCGUUCGGGAGAGCUUAAGUCAUGGGAAUGUCUAGCUGAGUGCUGGACGUGUGAUUGGUUGGUUUAGGGGUGAAGUUGGGGUUGCAUGAUCACAAGGACACACGGGCAACAAGCCAGGCUGUCCGACACGCGUGAGGCUGUGAAAGUUUGUGUGCGCAGUCGUGACUCAUUGCAGCUGGACAAGAGGCGCCCCAGCUCAGGCCUGAGGGGUGGCCGUGCAUCAUCGGUGUGACUGUAGGCUUGCCUGGUUGUCCCUCUUAUCGACUGACAAAGAUGAGCCGUAAAGGGGGAGGGCACUGGAGCGGCUGCUACACAAGAGAGGUGGACGUCAAGGGCAUAGGGCUUGUUUUCUCGACAUUUGGAGAAGGUGGAGAGAUUCUCUUGGCGACGAUAGGGUGUAGGACCCCCAAAUAGCUUGAGCUAGUCUGUGGACCGUGUCAUACGUUAAUGGCGGUGGGAGGGGGUGGGGGUUUACGGUUGAGGCAACACACAGGACGGCGAGCAAGAAGAAACAGAAAGUAGAUAAAUUUCUGCCGAAAGUCUUACCGUACGCUGCCAUUUGGAGUCGCCAUCCACUUGGGGUCCUACACCCUGUCUUUAUCAUUCUCUUAACUGGCUGGCUUCGAUGACAGCAUUUCCCCCCCCCCUCAGCAGCACCAGCUGCCCAAUGAUUGAGGUCCUGACUGUAGCUCAUGUGCACUUAAGGAGUCUCUUCCAGAUCACACAGUUGCUUGAUGGAGGGGAACCUAUUUGAUACAUCAAGGCAAGGAUUAAUUGAAUUGUAAUCAGCUAAAGUUGCGGGCCUUUGAAAUGUAUGCCGUUAGCCUAACCCCCCUCCCCCCUGCAGAUCAUUCUUUUCGUCCGGUCUGACUUUGCUAACAUAAACCACGUCCUACCCUUGCUUCAGCCUUCAUCCUGCUCUCCUCGGUUAAUCUGCGUCAUCACGACAGCCUGCUGUCUGGCCAACUCCCACAGACUGCAACACAGCAUCACCGCGACACAGACUGUGGCCAUCUCACCUUCCCUACUGGAAUGCCCCUCUUCCUUGCCAAUCUUCCCAACUCUUCUCCACUCGCAGGUCCCCUGGGCCUAAUUCGAGCCUCGGUUCACGUGGAAUCUGUCGUUCUGCGCCGUGGCUUCCUGGUAAGUUUUUUGCCCUUUUUCCCUCAACGGUAGAAUAAUGCAGGCAGAAGUCGUCCUCACCCUCCUUCAUCGCGCUUCUUUACGAAACUACAACAGACCUUCUAAGACUGGAUUAUUCAUCUCGUAUUCACAAUUGAGACAUGCUAUAGAGCUCUCCUAGAGGUGCCAUUCGGCGCUUUUCAGUCUGUGCUGGACUGCGAUUUUUGUGUGUUAGACUGCCACUGCUACCUUGUAUUGUUGACUCGACUGCAUCAAAUCUUCUGGAUUGCUGAUUCUGUGGGAUCUGAAAUCGUUCGACAGUGGAGUGAGCAGGCUGCUAUAGUCGAUAGAAGCUGGGUUUCGAGCUUCCACUUUGGUGGUGGUGGUGGUGGUGGUGGUGGUGGUGAUUGCUAUUAACUGCCUCUUCUUGCCUCUUCAGACCAUUUUCGAGGAGUCUGGAGGCCUGGGUGUCUGGCAAAAGCGUUGGUGCAAGUUGCUGGCGGAUCGCCUUCUGUACUGGUCUUACCCAGAGGACGAGGGCCGCGGCAUUGAACACCUAGGACGAAUCGACCUGUGUCAUGUAGCCACGCCCGGGGCCGUGCCCGCCCCACGGAAGCUCUGUGUCCGCUCCAACGCCAUCUACAUGCGAUCUAUCUUCUCUGUAAACGCCCAAUGGCUUUCCUCAUCCACGGGACGCUCUAACUCGGCGACCAGCAGCGCAGAUGGAGCCAGUCUCCUGUUCACGGCCUCCUCGGACUAUCGGUGGCUGGAGCAUAAGUAAGCCAUAUGAGACGAUGAUAUUGUUCUCAAAAUUGUGUUCGCAAGAAGCGGUCAAUGCUCCACUUCUACGCAUAUGUCAGUUCUGCAUUUUGAAGCUGGUUCGUCGGAAAUUGUCUUUAGUUGCGCAUAGUGACGGGUUGCAGCCACCCCUUACAACUCGCAGUGCUGCAUUCCGAGCUGUUAAACAGGGCUUCCCCUCAAUACCCGUUGUGCUUAUGUCCUACCUCUUAUCAGUGCUUGGACCGCCAUGGUUUCAUUUUAAUUUAUCAAAAUCUAAUGAUGCCCCGGACUCCUCUCGCCCGCUGCACGAUAAGAAGUGCAAGGUGAGAAAGCUCAAAAGUCUUAUAAAAUCGUUACUAACCGAGCUGAUAGCUCAGGCUCUGUCGACUCAUUCACCCCUUAGAGCUUCUUUGUGAACUGGUGCCCAUAAACGCUCGGAAUGAAGGCCUGACGAUCGAUCAAUCAUAUGCAAUCGCUGGCCAAUCUCAUAGAAAGCUGACCAAAAUUCUGAAUUGUCCUUUUGAUUAUGAAACAGUGCUUAUGUAGGGUUGUUAUGCUGAUCAUCUUGUAGUAUAAUCCCAAGAUUUUCCAGUUUCGUCAGGUUGUGAGCUUUUGAAUGGGCAUCUCUCCGGUCCCCUGCAAAAACCACACUCGGCAAAAAAUGACUACUUAAGUGGUAUGAGUUCCCUCCUGUGAUUUUCUAUGCCUAUACGCGUUUAAAUAUAUUUUAUUGAAUGCCUGUACUCUUUCAGUAGCAAAUUACGUCUCCAAAUUUUAUAUUCAAGAGAGGGAUUCUCUCGGUUUUAACAAGGCCGUAAAACGCCAUUCUCACAGCAUCGUAUUUCUCCGUCUAUUGCUACUGAUUAGGCAGCAUGCUACAUGAUCCGCAUCCAUUAUAAAAUGUAACGGGCUCCACCUGACGCCUGCUGGAUAGCGUAGAAAACUAUUUUAUUUGAGGAGAACCUGAGGAGAAUGAAUUGCUCACCGGAUCGGGGGACUUUUCUGGCUGACGUUUCGAAGAGCUGGUGUUCUUGGUAAUGCAGGCCCUAAACACAGAGCCUCCCUCUCUCUCUCUCUCUCUCUCCCUCUCUCUCUCUCUCUCAUAAUCCCCUCUACCUUUAACUCCCCCAUCUGCAGGCAUCUGUUGUGUGCCGACACACCAAUGGAGAGGCAGGCCUGGCUCGAGAGUCUGACCAAGUGCUUGGAGGUGCUGCAGAGUUGGAUGCCGGAACACUUUGCCCGUCUCCAGCGCUACGAUGCACGCCUACAGUUCUGCAACCCUGUCUCGGCGGCUCUGGCCUCUGGAAUUGCACACAAUCAGUCCUCCGCUGCGGGCUCAAGUGAUCCCUAG